AAGCACGCUCCACAUCGCUGAUACCGAGAGCCCAGCGGAAAUAAUGACGUCAGGGACGAGCAGCGGCGAGCGGUGGAUGCCAAUGGAGUGAUACAUCGUCGACGAGGUGAUUCAGGUCUCGGUGUGCCUCGGUGUUCCCGUUUAAUGCGGCCAACCUCGCGAGCCGUAUCACCGUCUCUGCCUCGAACCAGCCGAAAACGACCGGAGGAAUCACCGGUGGCGCGUACCUUCCCCAUUUUCAUGUUGAAUAAACAUUAAUACAGCGCGAACAUGUCUGACCACUUUGGGCCGAUCACUUUGAAAUGGGACCCGAAAAAUUUGGAGAUACGGACCAUGUCCGUGGAGAAGACACUGGAGCCGUUGGUGCUCCAAGUAACGACACUGGUGAACACAAAGGGCCCCAGCAAGAAGAAGAAAGGCAAAUCCAAGAGGGCCAGCGCACUGGUCGGCACUGUGGAGAAGGCCACCGCCAAUUUUAUCGAGAAGGGUGAGAAGAUCGCCUAUGAGAAUCCGGAUAUCACGGCGGAGAUGUUGAGUGCGGUGGAGGAAGUGAGAAAAACUGGCGCGGCGAUGGGCAUUGCCGCCAGGGAAUUCUCCGAGGAUCCGUGUUCGUCGUUGAAGCGCGGCAACAUGGUGCGCGCCGCGAGGAACUUGCUGUCAGCCGUGACGCGUUUGCUCAUCCUCGCGGACAUGGUGGACGUGCACCUGCUGCUAAAGUCCCUAUACGUCGUGGAGGACGACCUGAAGAAGUUGAAGAACGCCUCGUCGCAGGGCGAACUGUUGCAGAACAUCAAGGAGUUUGGGAGGAACGCCGCCGAGCUGAUCCAGCAGGCGGCGAAGCGUCAGCACGAGCUCAAGGAUCCGCAGCUGAGGGACGACCUGGCCGCCGCGAGGGCCGUCCUGAAGAAACAUUCCACCAUGUUGCUGACCGCCUCCAAGGUGUUCGUGCGACACCCCGACCUGGCGGCCGCUAAGGCGAAUCGCGACUACGUGCUGAAGCAGGUGUGCGAGGCGGUAAACACCAUAAACGACGUGGCUCAGGGGAAAACCCCGCCGGACGGCCAGCACCCGUACGACGGCCCCGGUGAACUGGCCGCCGCUUUGGACGACUUCGACGAGAGGAUGGUGAUGUCUCCGCUCGCGUACAAUGAGGUUCGCACGCGACCGAGUCUCGAGGAAAGGCUGGAGAGCAUCAUCAGCGGCGCGGCAUUAAUGGCGGACUCGUCGUGCACCCGGGACGAGCGCAGGGAGCGCAUCGUCGCCGAGUGCAACGCGGUCAGGCAGGCGCUUCAGGAUCUCCUGAGCGAAUACAUGAACAACUUACAGCGCGCUCAGGGUGGGAAACGGAUGGGUGUGAAGGAGCAGUCUGAAGGCUUAGAGCGAGCGAUCGAUCACAUGUGUAGGAAAACCCGCGAUCUCCGCAGACAGCUGCGCAAAGCCGUGGUGGACCACGUGUCGGACAGUUUCCUGGAGACGAGCGUGCCGUUGCUGGUCCUGAUCGAGGCGGCGCGAAACGGCCGGGACAAGGAGGUGGAAGAAUAUGCGCUCGUCUUCACGGAACACGCGAACAAACUUGUGGAGGUCGCCAACCUGGUGUGCAGCAUGUCCGGCAACGAGGACGGCGUGAAGAUGGUGCGCUACGCCGCCGCGCAGAUCGAGAACCUGUGUCCGCAGGUGAUCAACGCAGCGCGCGUGUUGGCCGCGCGGAACCGCUCGAAAGUAGCGCUGGACAACAUGGAGGUGUUUCGUCAAGCGUGGGAGAAUCAAGUGCGGGUUCUCACGGAGGCCGUGGACGACAUCACGACGAUCGACGAUUUUCUCGCUGUCUCCGAGAAUCAUAUUCUCGAGGACGUGAACAAGUGCGUCUUGGCCUUGCAGGAGGGUGACGCUGACACUCUGGACAGAACGGCAGGUGCGAUACGCGGCCGCUCUGCCAGGGUGUGCAACGUCGUGCAGGCCGAGAUGGACAACUACGAGCCGUGCAUCUACACCAAGCGGGUGCUCGAGGCGGUGAAGGUUCUCAGGGAGCAGGUGAUGCCCAAGUUCGCGCAGCGGGUGGAAGUUGCGGUGGAUGCCUUAGGUAGCAAUCCUGCUAAGGACGUGGACGAGAACGACUUCAUCGACGCGUCCAGACUGGUGUACGACGGGGUCCGCGAAAUCAGGCGUGCCGUGUUGAUGAAUAGGGCUGACGAGGACUUGGACCCGGAAGACGUGGAGCUGGACGAGCACUACACGUUGGAGACACGCAGCAAAUCUAGCGCGCAAACCGGGGAACACGGCGUGGACGAGUACCCGGAGAUCAGCGGCAUCACGACCGCCCGCGAAGCCAUGAGGAAGAUGCCGGAGGAAGACAAGCAGAAGAUCUUGCAGCAGGUGGAGUACUUCAAGAGCGAGAAGCUCAAGUUCGACAAGGAGGUGGCGAAGUGGGACGACGCCGGCAACGACAUCAUCGUCCUCGCCAAGCACAUGUGUAUGAUCAUGAUGGAGAUGACGGACUUCACGCGGGGCAGGGGGCCCUUGAAGACCACGAUGGACGUCAUCAACGCGGCGAAGAAGAUCUCCGAGGCCGGUACUAAGUUGGACAAGCUGACGCGCCAGAUCGCCGAUCAAUGCCCGGAGAGCUCCACGAAGAAGGACCUCUUGGCGUACUUGCAACGUAUCGCACUCUAUUGCCAUCAGAUGAACAUCACGAGCAAAGUGAAGGCGGACGUGCAGAAUAUCAGUGGGGAACUGAUCGUCUCCGGCCUAGACAGCGCGACCUCCCUCAUACAAGCCGCCAAGAACCUCAUGAACGCCGUCGUGCUUACCGUCAAGGCUUCCUACGUAGCUUCUACCAAGUAUCCCCGACAAUCGACGGUAACGUAUUCUCCCAUCGUCAUAUGGAAGAUGAAGGCUCCGGAGAAGAAGCCGUUGGUACGCCCCGAGAGACCCGAGGAAGUGAGGGCGAAAGUGCGCAAAGGCUCGCAAAAGAAGGUGCAGAACCCUAUACACGCGCUCUCGGAAUUUCAGAGCCCCACCGAGAGCGUGUAAGUAAGCCCCGCGAUGUGUAAGUAAAGCGAGAAUGGAAAUAACUUAUAGGCAUGUAUGGCAGCAUCACCUUUCGAGAGUCGUAAGGCCAAGAUAUUUUUUAUUUUCGACGAGGUUUCAAGCGUGGAUGCACAGAAUAUACUUGUUAACCAUUAUACGCUACGCUACACAUGGGUAUAUACAUAUACAUUAUAUAUACAUAUACAUAUA